GACGAAACGACUGGAGCGCGUGCGCGCCAGCUACUGGCCGACCUGCGCUACACGGCACGCAGCGUGAAGGAAGUGGUCGAGACGGUUGAGAGGCUGAGGCGCAUUCGCGGCAUCAACAUCACCGAGGACGGCAUCAAGCAGGACUUGCUCGCAGCCCUACCGCCCGUCGUGUACGCCACCCAUGCCCUCGACUGGUCCUUGGAUGAGACGUUGGCGAACAUCAAGGCCUCGAUCCUGUAUUCGAUGCAAUUCGAGCCGAAGCGCAGAAACAACGGCAACAGGGUGAGCGACAACACCCCCCUUGACAACAGCGACAACCGCGGUCACUACAACAGCAACAACGCCGGUCGCAAUGGUGGCAGCUAUGCGACUUACAACAAUUCGGCUCGCGGCAACGGCAACGGCAACGGUAACGGCAACCGCAACGGCAACGGCAACAGGGCAGCGCACAACAACAAGCCGGGCCCAUCGCAGCGCUCGUCCUCUUCGCCAAUCACUGACAAGGAGCGCGCGGAAUGCUUGGCGAAAGGCCUCUGCUACAAGUGCAGGGAGCCGGGUCACAUUGCCAGCAGGUGCCUCACGCGUUUCUCCAAGAAGCAGCUCGCUGCCGCCCUGUUCGCGCACUGGGCUGCCGACGACAACGACGACGACGACGAGCCGCAGCAGCAAGGCCAGCAGGGCCAAUCCCAGCAGGGAAAAGCCCAGCCCACCGCCAGGGCCAUCUGA